AGAAAAUCUAUAAUGUCAUUGUCAGUUGUCUGUGAUUGUCGUGUUGUAUAAAAAAAUCUUUUAAAAUAAUAUUCAUGUAAAAUGUAUUCUGCUAAUCUGCUUAAAAAGUAUUAACGAAAAUAAUAGUCCUAUUUUAUUAAGUGCCAGGGAAAUAAUUUUCUAUAAAAAUUAAAAAAAUCUAGGUUAAGUUAAAUAAUAAGCCUGUUUACCAACAAUAUACCAUGGAUCCUUUUAUUCUCGCAGCUGUUAUAAGCGCUAUUGUAAUUGUUGUCUUGGCGGUUGCAUUUUUACGAGUGUCUAACAUAUCACCGCAGAAUGGUGCCAAACCUAGAGCAGUGGUACAAAGAUUGGAGGCAGGCAUCUGCAGGGUGCAAGCAGUCAGAAACCAGAGGGCACGGAUGAGAGCUAAUGCUGCAAGACAUCAAGCUGCCUUGAUUGAGGAAGAGCCUGGUGUGGCAGAUGAUGCUCAAGAAGACAUCGUACAAGAAGCUGAAAAGGUGGAAUUUGAUGACAAAAUGGGAGCUAAGAAACGUGCAAAGAUGGAAGCAAAGUUGGAGAAGAAGAAAGCGCGUGAAGCUGAAGAGCACAUGCGUGUAAAAAAGAAGAAGCAAGAUGAAGAAAUGGAAGAAGAAAAGAAAAAGGCAGAGGAAAAGAGAGAGGAAGAAGAACGCAAAAUAGAGGAAGCAGCACGCAAAGCUGAAGAAGAGCGUAAGAAACGUGAACAAGAAGAGUACGAGGCAAUGAAGGCCGCCUUCAGUGUAGAGGGGGAGGGGUUUGAUGAGGAACCAGACCUGGAUCAGGAGAACUUGCUUAAACGGUUUAUUGAGUACAUUCAGGCACAAAAAGUAGUCCUACUAGAAGAUUUGGCAGCACACUUCAAGAUUAAAACCCAAGCAGCUAUCGACAGGAUAACCAGCCUUCAGGCUUCAGGAGAUCUGACUGGUGUUAUUGACGAUAGGGGGAAGUUCAUAUACAUAUCACAGAAAGAACUAGAGGAUGUUGCAAGAUUCAUCAAGCAGAGAGGGCGCGUGUCUAUUGCAGAGUUGGCGGAAAGCAGUAAUGAAUUGAUAAACCUCAACCCUGUGUCUGUUUUGUAAUCUCGCUUAAUAUAUAAUGUAUAAGUCUCAAUAUCUCAACAGUAAGAGCAGUUGGACUUAUCACCUAGGUUUGGUGGUUCGAUCCCCAUCCCGUUGGUCUAUUGUAAUACCCACUCCUAGCACAGUCUUUUCCGACUAGUUGGAGGAGAAUGAGUAUAUUAUAAAAAAAAUAUGACUAAAUUCCUAAAAAAAUUUAAAAAAAAAUGUAAUUUUCAUAUUACAGUUGAGAUAGACAGAAAACUGCUUAUUUAAUAUUACAGCAAGUUCAAGGAAUCUUGUUUAGAUAUAUUGUAUUUUAUUGAGACUUUAUUGUAGAGAUUUUAUUGUAUGUAUUGUAUAGAGACUAGAAAUAGAAGUGUAUUAUGUAUUCAAAAUUUGCCUACUCCAGCUUUGGUUAGCAUUUUAUUUAAGACUGGAUUAUCACUAAGUGAGAACAUCAGUUCAGCAUAGUUUUAUUUUAUAUACUUAAGCAAAAUAUGUUUGAUAUAAAAAUAAUAAAACUUUUGAAAAUACAAAAUUUUAUUAAACCAAAACUAAGAAA